AUGUCUGGAGCAGCCCGCAAGAGAGGCGCCGGCCGCGCGACUAGGGGUCAGCAGCCGUCCGAAACCUCUUCUCGUCGUGGCGAUCGACUCCAAGUCCCAGGCGGCGGCUUUGAUGGGCCUGCUUCUCGAGGAAGCGCCUCACAGUCCGGUCCUGGCUCUGCAGGUCGUGGUGCCUCUACAGCUCCCUCUGCUGCGUCUGGUGCUGGUAGUCCCGGUGUCCCGCAAGGAGGCUUCGAACCUCAGUCACAGGCUCCUGGCAGUCGUCGAAGCAGCCAGUCUGGCGGUCCACCACCUCAAGUUCAAGGAAAUGCCCCUCGAGGUGAUCCAGCACGAGAUCCAGAGCGACCAAAGAGAUACACAGAUCAGAUGCGCAACAUCGAUCUCCCAGCUUCCUUCUACAACAUCGAUCAGUUG